AAAUGGGUAAGAGAGAGGAGAUGGGGGUUCCAAGAGAGAAAAGUCUCUGUAAAAAAGAGCUUUGACUCUCUCUUCUCCAAUGGAGGAUUUAGUUUUCACACCUUCUUGAAUUAAAACCUUUUACCCCAUUUUCACAUUCAUAUUCUCAUAUCACAACUACCUCUUUUUUCUCAUUUUCUAUUUCACUCUUCAUUUCUAUUUUACCCCUUUUAUCUAUUACAAACCCAAAAUCCAGAUAGAACUAACCAAAAAAAAAAAAACUUUUUUUCUGCAGGAUUUGAUAUUUUGAAAUUGUUAUGGGAAAUUGCUGUGUGACACCUGGUAAAUCUUCUGAGAAAAAGAAGAACAAGAAGAAGAACAAACCAAACCCUUUUGCUAUUGAUUAUGGGGCAACUCAAUCAUCAGCUGAAGGUGACGGAAACAAGCUUGUUGUGUUAAAAGAUCCAACAGGGCAUAAUAUUAAUGAAAAAUAUGAUCUUGGUCGCGAGCUCGGUAGAGGAGAAUUUGGGGUUACAUAUUUAUGUACUGAUAUUGACACAGGGGAGAAAUAUGCUUGUAAAUCGAUAUCGAAGAAGAAACUUAGGACAGCUGUAGAUAUUGAUGAUGUUAGGAGAGAGGUUGAGAUCAUGAAGCAUUUGCCUAAGCAUCCUAAUAUUGUUACCUUAAGGGAUACUUAUGAGGAUGAUAGUGCAGUGCACAUUGUGAUGGAACUUUGUGAGGGUGGUGAGUUGUUCGAUCGGAUUGUUGCUAGAGGACACUAUACAGAGAGAGCAGCAGCUGGUAUUAUGAGGACUAUAGUCGAAGUUGUCCAGAUGUGUCACAGGCACGGAGUAAUGCAUCGCGAUCUCAAACCCGAGAACUUUCUCUUUGGUAACAAAAAAGAAACAGCUCCACUGAAGGCUAUUGACUUUGGGUUGUCGGUGUUUUUUAAACCUGGGGAACACUUUAAUGAGAUAGUGGGAAGUCCUUAUUACAUGGCUCCAGAGGUCCUAAAACGCAAUUAUGGCCCGGAGGUUGAUGUGUGGAGUGCUGGAGUUAUUCUUUAUAUACUUCUUUGUGGUGUUCCACCUUUCUGGGCAGAGACUGAACAAGGAGUCGCCCAAGCAAUUAUUCGCUCUGUAGUUGAUUUCAAGAGAGAUCCAUGGCCUAAGGUUUCUGAUAAUGCUAAGGAUCUUGUAAAGAAGAUGCUUGAUCCAGAUCCAACUCGACGGCUCACAGCUCAGCAAGUUCUUGAGCAUACUUGGUUACAAAAUAUAAAGAAAGCACCAAACGUCUCAUUGGGUGAGACUGUCAAAGCAAGGCUCAAACAAUUUUCAGUUAUGAACAAGCUCAAGAAAAGAGCUUUAACGGUUAUCGCGGAGUUUUUGUCAGCAGAGGAAGUGGCUGGAAUGAAGGAAGCAUUUGACCAGAUGGAUACAGGAAAGAAAGGCAAGAUUAACCUUGGNGAUUUCGAUCCCCCGAUUCGAUACCAUGAAGCCGAGGAAUUUGCCCUCUCUUUGCUUUUACAGGCUGAUGUUGAUAGAGAUGGAUGUUUAAAUUACGCGGAGUUUGUCGCUGUAUCGGUUCAUCUAAGAAAAAUGGCAAAUGAUGAGCACCUGCACAAAGCGUUUUCAUUUUUUGACAGAAACCAAAGUGGUUACAUAGAAAUCGAGGAGCUGCGCAGUGCCUUGAGUGAUGAGGAUGAUGGCAACAGUGAGGAAGUCAUCAAUGCUAUUAUGCAUGAUGUUGACACCGACAAGGACGGUCGCAUUAGUUAUGAAGAAUUUGCUGCAAUGAUGAAGGCUGGAACGGAUUGGAGAAAAGCAUCGAGACAGUAUUCUCGUGAACGUUUCAACAGUCUGAGCUUAAAAUUGAUGAGGGACGGCUCAUUACAACUUGGAAACGAGGCUAAAUGAACAAAUGCGGAAGAAAAGAAAUGUUAAAAGAGGAAAAAAAGGAAAUCAUUUUAUGGAUAUUUCCCUUUUUCUUUAUUGAGUAUGAAAUUCUUCUUUACCUCUCGCUCGCUUUGUACUCGAAAAUUUUGCCCUCCCGUCUGAGCUCCAUCGUUGGCAUAUCAGUAUAUUGAGGUGAGGUCUGCAACUUGUUACCCCUUAUAUCAGUAUAUUGAGGUGAGGUCUGCAACUUGUUACCCCUUAGGCAAUCUUGAGUUUUCUUAUUCUGCAACUUGUUACCCCCUAGUAAAGCAGAAAGCAUUUAUCAAAGAAUCUUUGAGUGUUUUUUUUUUUUUUUUGUAAAUACAUGGAUUUGUUAAAAGCUCAUUGUCAUAUUCUCAAAAGCAAAAUUAACAAAAGGAAGGCUCAUUGUCAUUGAAUAUAUCAUUGCAACUCUCCUAAUGUUGAAAAACUAGAUGUUAGCAGUGCAGCAUUCGAUUUGCCUUUAGUUCUUU